GGAGCUACGAACAAGAAGCACAGACCCUAACCUAGCAAUUUUUUUUUCCUUAUUCUCUUUUCAACCGAGCUAGUCACCCACUCGAGUUGAUCUUCCUCCAACUUCGUGGCGGGCGUUGCAAAGGGUCGUCCACAUUAGGUCAAGCGAGGUAUCAUCGACUUUCCAGGGUUACAUACAGGUAGAUAGGUAGUGUAGGAGGUAUUGUAGGUAUUGUACGAAGUAGUGUACAAUAUAUCCCACAAAGCCAGACCGAAGGCACGGGCUCCCGCGUUCCUUAAGCGUACCGAAGGUAUUAUUUUCCCGACGAUCAGCUCGGAGCUUACAGCUCCUUAGCAUGGUAAGGGUAAGAAUAUUACAGCCCCAUGGCUAGCCAGAUAGUCAAAUCAAACUACACCUUUUAUACCUUAGGUGUGUAUACUAGUGUAUACUAAGAUCCCGACGAUUUCCAGAAAGAAUAGGUACGUAAAAAGAGGGCUUCCCGCUUACAUAGAAGUACUUUUUUAUCCUUCCUAUUGUCGAUCACUUUCUUUUUUUCACCGGCCGCAUACCCCUCGAUAGAGCCCGGCUUGCUUUCUUUUCCCCCAUUGCAUUGCCCCGUGCGUCUCGACUCUGUCCGGAUUCUCUCGUUGCACGAGCGCCUCGAACAAAUAAUGGACAUCGAUAAAAAUUCUAUGGGACCCCUUGAGCCGGUUGAGAAGUAUGUGGAUGAUGAUGCGUCGUCGAUUAGGUCGGCGGCGCGAGGAGAUGAUCUGCCGAAGGGAUAUUUUUACUCUAUAGGGUUUCUCGGAGCUAUGGCUGGAUUUUGCUUGUCGGCUAUAUCUGCCUUCAUCUUCUUACUGCUACCGACUAAUGUGUUAACGUACAUCAACGCGGAUAUAGGUCCAAGCCCCUAUAUAUCGUGGGUGAAUAUCGCUAGGACUCUAGCGCUGUCCUUCACUUAUACGAUCCUUGGUCGAUUGUCGGAUCUCUUUGGACGACGAUGGUUCUUCAUCGGUGGAAACAUUGUCGCGCUUGUCGGCAUUAUCGUGUGCUCAGUCGCCCAAAAUGUCGACAGUUUAAUCGUUGGCAGUGCGAUAUACGGAUUGGGCGAGACGGUUCAGUUGAGCUUCAACGUCGCUGUGGGCGAACUGGUUCCUAACAAGCAUCGUCCGAUGGUCCUUUCGUUGAUUUUUGCGACGAACGCGCCAAUUGCCGGUAUUGGUCCUAUGAUUGCUCGAGCCGUGUUGCAGCACCCUAACAUGGGAUGGCGAUGGUGCUAUUAUCUUAACAUCAUCGUGGUCGCCGUAUCGAUUGUCCUACUCUUCUUCUUUUACCACCCGCCAACUUUUGACCUUUUGCACGAGCGAAAGACUAAGACCCAAUUGCUCAAGCAACUUGAUUACGUUGGAAUCUUCAUGUGGACUGCUGGUCUCACUCUUCUCCUUAUGGGUGUUAGCUGGGGUGGCACUAUUUACCCCUGGAAAUCAGCUGCGACCAUCUCUUCGAUCGUAAUCGGAGCAGUUCUCCUGAUCGCGCUCUUCGUUUAUGAAGCCUAUGCCAAGCUCGAGUAUCCUGCUAUCCCCGUCCAGUUCUUUGCGAAUCGGGGUUUCAUCAGUCUUGUCGCUUGCGCUACGGUUGCGACGAUGUCUUAUUACUCUGCAGUCCUGCUUUGGCCUCAACAAGUCAGAGCUCUCUACACUUCUGAUAUUACUUACGGUGGAUGGAUCUCGUGUACCGUAGCCAGCGCCACAGCUUUGGGUCAAGCGUUGGGUGGUUUCUUCAUUAAAUGGGGAGGAAAUGUUCGAUACUGGAUCAUCUUUUCGACCUUCUGCAUGGUUGCUUUCGUUGGAGCCUGCGCAUCGCUUACUCCCGAGACUUUGAACGCCGGGAUUGCAUUCACGAUGAUCGGUCCUUUCUUCGUCGGUGUUAUCGAAGUUUGCGCCCUCGCACUCGCACCCCUUUUCUGCAAGCCUGUGGAUAUCGGUCUUGCGUCCGGUCUGUUAGCUUCGAUCCGAUCAGCCGGUGGUUCCAUUGCCGUGGCUGUUUACAGUACCAUCUUAUCGAACCGCCUCGCCACGACCGUACCUGCGAAUGUUGGACCGGCCGCCAUCGCUGCUGGUCUUCCAGCGGACCAAGUUCCCGCUCUUGUUACGGCAGUUCUCGGAAGCAAGCUCGCCACUUUCCAAGGGCUAAGCGACGCCGGAAAAGCUGCGGUAUCUGCGGUGAUACCAAUUGCGUACUCGCAAGCGUUCAAGACUGUAUAUCUAGCCAGUCUUGGAUUCGGAGGCAUUGCUAUCGUCGGCUGUCUUUUCUCUAAGGAUGCUCAGAAACACCUUACUGAUAAGGUAGAGCGCAAGAUGCACGGAAAGACAACUAGGUAGGAUAGCCCGGAAUCGGCAUCGACAGCGUAAGGGGAGGAUUAGUUGUAUCGAAAAGCGUUGCAUUUGUCUUUAUCGCUAACGAGAGGAUGACUUCUGGUAACGCAGGAUUCCCUUGAAAUGACUUGGAGGUAUCGUAUCUGAUCCAUGCUUAUGUUCUUCCCGUUCAAUGAUACCAGUUUGUGUAAUAAGUAGCAAUAUCCUAGCGAGGGGUGGAAUUUUGAUUUCGCAUCGACAUAAUUAUAACAUGUAGUAUAUAGCCUAUCGCCUAUAGCCAAUCUAAUACCACUAUCUCUAAAUAAUGUAAAGAAA